AUGGGCGUAGUCUUCGAACAACACUCUGAAGAAAUUCAAGAGGCUUUCAAGUUCGCGAUGGUACAAUACAGCAACAAUUUGAACCAAACUCGUCUAGAUUUCCAACUGUUCGUCGACGUAAUCAACACGGCAGACGCUUUCAAGCUAUCCCGACUGAUAUGCAACCAGUUCUCUCGCGGCGUUAUCUCUAUGCUCGGAGCUGUCACACCGGACUCUUUCGAUACCCUGCACUCUUAUACUAACACAUUCCAAGUACCAUUUGUGACUCCGUGGUUCCCGGAAAAGGUGAUACCUCCGUCUGGACUUAUCGACUACGCAAUCAGCCUUCGCCCCGAAUACCACAAGGCUGUUAUCGACACUGUCACUUACUACGGUUGGAAGAGCAUUAUUUACAUCUACGAUUCUUAUGAUGGUCUGCUCCGCUUACAGCAAUUGUACCAGAGUCUCCAGCCAGGAAAGGCAUCUUUUCGCAUUACAAAUGUAAAACGUGUAGCUAAUGCAACCGAGGUGGUCGAAUUUCUUGGCUCGCUCGAAAUGUUGGAUCGCUGGAGCAACAAAUAUGUUGUACUCGACUCAAGCACUAAACUGGCUAAAGAUGCACUAAUUCUGCACGUACGUGACGUGAGACUUGGCCGACGGAACUACCAUUACUUCCUGAGUGGUUUGGUGAUGGACGAUCAUUGGGAGAAAGAGGUAUCCGAGUUUGGUGCCAUUAACAUAACCGGCUUUCGAGUUCUCGAUCUUUCUAGGAAGAUUGUCCAGAACUUCAUGGAACUCUGGCGUCGCGAUUCGAUUUCGGCCCAAGCCGCUCUGAUGUAUGACGCGGUUCAGGUUCUCAUCGACUCCAUCCUCCGCAUGCUCCGCAAGAAACCCGACUUCCUCCGCGGUACCAUGAGACGCAACUCCAAUAUGACCAACAGCAAGAUCGACUGCAACCCGAACAACAAGAUUGCUCCUUACGAAUACGGCGAGAGAAUAUCGAGGAUGAUCAAGAGGACCGAGCUGGAAGGCUUGACUGGUCUUAUUCGCUUCAACGAGGCUGGACACCGACGUAACUUCACUCUUCAAGUAAUGGAAAUGACGGUUGAUGUAGGCAUGGUCAAGGUCGGAACCUGGUAUGAUAACAAAGGACUAAUUCCCGUUACUCCCUGGAAACUCCCUGGUUUGAAUGAGGUUGGGCAUUACGAUCGCAAUAAAACAUACAUAGUAGCGACUAUCAUCGAAGAACCCUAUGUCUCACGCAACACUGAUCUUGAUAAUCCAAAUUCUAAGUUUCGCGGUUUUUGCGUCGAUCUGACUUAUCUGGUACUGGAAAAAUUGGAAAUUGAUUUCGAAAUGCGUCUUGUCAAAGAUGGUAACUAUGGAAACGAAAACCCAAAAAUGAUUGGAGGGUGGGAUGGCCUGGUUGGAGAACUCGUCCGUAAGGAAGUAGAUCUGGUGAUCGCACCCUUGACCGUGACCUUGGAACGGGAACAGGUCAUCGACUUCAGCAAGCCUUUCUUAUCAUUCGAUGUGCAAUCCGACAAAAAUUCGUCGUCAAGCAUCGCUACUAUUUUCAGCUUCCUCAGUCCCUUAUCUAUGGAAAUAUGGCUUUGCAUUCCUGGAAGUAUUGUCGGCGUCAGUUUGUGCAUGUUCUUGGUAUCGAGGAUUUCUCCGAACGAAUGGCGAAUCACGUCGCAUAUCUCCUCUCGUACAACCGAGAACAACGAAAUAGCAACAACUCAGACUGUGGUCGUGAAUGAUUUCAGCUUUUGGAAUGCUUUGUGGUUUUCGCUCAGCUCCUUUAUGCAACAGGGUAGCGACAUUUCUCCGAGGUCUUUAUCUGGAAGGAUUGUGAGUGUAGUUUGGUGUUUCUUUACACUGAUAUUUGUCUCAACCUACACCGCAAAUAUGGCUUCGUACUUGACAAUACACCGUAUUAGUGAACCUGUUCUUACAUACACAACAAGGGUGACAACGUGCCCAGUGGAUUACGUCAAACGUCCAUCAAAAUCUACACAAGAUGAUUUGUGGAUGGGAUUUAUAUCUCCAGAUUCUUUUCUUGGUUCUUCUGAAGUUCAAAAACCUUGUGAAAUGCUGGUCUCUGUUACCCACUCCGGCGUAAAAGAUUUUGCCAUCGCUCUUCCAAAAGGAUCUAAAUUACGGGAUGGAGUAAAUUUGGCUCUACAAUCUGUUAAGAAUAGUGGAGAGCUCCAGCAACUUGUAAGGACGUGGUUCAUCGACGCUAAAUGUUCUCUUGAAGGCGAGGUUCAUGGAAAAGAAUUGACGUUAAACCAAUUAGCUGGUUUGUUUUAUAUAUUAGUUGGAGGAAUGGGAUUGGCAUUGGGUGUAGCUGUAUUCGAAUUAAUAAAGCAUGGCAAAGCAGAGGCUGUUCGGGCGAACAUUUCUCUACGAAAUGCUCUUAGGGCCAAAGCAACUGGUAGUAGUGGAGUCAAUACCCCAGAAACUGAACCACCCGAGGAACACCUUGAACAAGAGCAUCUUGAAUGGAAUGGUGCAGCUUAUACUGGGUAUUUCUCGCCGUCUAGUCAGGCUCAGGCUGCAGGUCAGGAGGAGACGUCGUUGCAUGCCAGUUUCACACCAGUCUGA